AUAGGCUUUGUCUUGGUUAGAUUUCACCAUAACUAAGUUGCAGCGUCAGGAUGUUGAACCACCUGCACAGUUCUUCGUCUCCCUUAGUAGCGAAGAACGAUGGAACAGGAGAAAGCCUUAAACCUAACGGAGGAGCGGACCAUCACUACACGCCUGGCGGAGCCACACUGCAGGUACUGGAAUCCACCGGUAUUCACCAGCGACCCAUGGUCGUCCCAGGGAACGGAAGCGGCGUCGGCAGCGGCUCCGGCCCAACUCAUUGUUCUGAUUCGGACAAACCCUUAAAGCCAAAGCGGCAUCGGACCCGAUUCACUCCCGCCCAGCUGCAGGAGCUUGAGCGGAGCUUCGCCAAAACUCAUUACCCGGAUAUUUUCAUGAGGGAAGAGCUGGCAAUGAGAAUCGGAUUAACGGAAUCUCGUGUACAGGUCUGGUUCCAGAACAGAAGAGCUAAGUGGAAGAAGAGGAAGAAGACCACUAACGUCUUCAGAAACCCUGGGGUCCUCCUACCAUCCCACAGUUUGCCUCCUCUAGGUUUUAUGAGCGACGGGCUUUGCUCCUUCGGACCCGGCCCGGACACGCGCUGGUCCAUGGCCGCAGGUAUGACUCAGAUGGGCUCUCCACCGCUGACGCUAGGUCCACCAAGCCUUUCUAGGCAAUCUGGCCUCGGCCAGUCUUUAUCCACCCCUUCCAUGACCGGAAUCAACCAGUCAGGAGUUCCGUUAAAUCAUGGUCCUUUGGCUGGAUCGGUCACCACUACAGGAUACCAGACUCAUUACGGUCUUAAUACGCUCAACUCACCGUCUGGGGUAGCAGCCCCCCACGGUCUCGGUCCAGUGACGGCUGGAAUGGCCAUGGCAGCAGCAUCACCGCCUAAUUCUAGUUCAUCUACUCCACCUCAGCUGUCCGCUGCUUGCACCAUGUCGAUGCAAGGACUCGAUCCGGGAGCUUGCAACGGCGAAAUAGACGUGUGGAGAGAAACCAGUAUCACCACGUUGAGACGGAAGGCCAUAGAACACACAGCAACUAUGUCGGUGUUUAGGUGAAAUUCAUAACUAUACUGCGGUCUUGCUUCUUUCGUUUAAAGGAGGGAAUUCUGAACUUUCAUGGGCUUCUCAUAGGUUAGACUUAGCCCACAAGAAAGAUGUAGAUUUUUACUUAUUUAGAAGACAUUUUUCAAGAACUCUAUUAGAUCAUCAUGAAACUCUGUAGUGUUUAACAUAUAACUUAGUGUGUACACCGUAUAUAGUUGUGUGUGUGUUGAUUAAUGUUUCGUUGUACUUAAGGCCACCAAAUCAUGCUUCUGUAGGCCUCCGUUACCACAAAAUUUAUUAUGAAGCACAUCUGUUAUAUUGUGUAGUAAAACAUGUACAUCAGUAGAAAAGUAUAUAUACGGUAGAGUGAAGGUGAAAGCAUUGGGUGAUUUUCAUUUUUAUUUUGUAACUCUCAUACAAUCAGUUUAUAUAUAGUUACAACCACAUUC